GGAGUUUAAGGAGUUUGAGACCCACUCAUUUUGGUACUAAAUGUGAGAACUGUACUUCCUCUCAGUAAUGCUGUAGUGCCUUGUGCUUUUCCCUAGCUUAGCCCUCUUUGCUUGCUGUAAUUAAUUAUUUAUUUAUUUAUCUCAUCUUCUAAACAUCAAGCUUUUAUCAGAAAGAAGUCAGUAGCUCUAAACUUUCUGAAAAUCAAAGAAAUCACAUAAACUGAUUGCAAAAUAUUCCAAGCUCCACCUAAAAUAUUUCUUAUUUAGGAGAUCCUAGGGUAAAGCCCCAAAAUAUGCAUCUUCACGUGCACUUCAGGAGGCUCAGAUGUAUACGGGCUCAUAAAUCACCAUUGGUACAGAUGAAGCCAUCAUUGUGCCACCUUCCCCACCAAAACCCUCACCAGAGUGCCUGAAGUAUUAUAGGUACUCAAUGUAUAUUCAUUAAAUUAAUGGACUAAUGAAUGCCCUGAUGAAUGUCUACAUUGAUUAAUGUAUUUGAAGAGAUAAAUCAAGCAUGUAGUGGAAUGUAGAAAAUGUUAGAGUUUAUGCCCUCUUAUGAUUCCAGUACACCUUAUUCAUAAAGCAAGAGAGUUAUAGAAAAAAUAAUCUCAUAAUUCAACUAACAACUUUAAGAAGGACGAAAAAAAUUGUCAAGAAUGUCAUUUAUUUUAUUCCUUAAAACAGUUCAUCUAUAUUUAGCAUCUAUAAAGCUAAUGAUUAAGAAAGUCACAAUCAUCACUUCAUUCAGCAAAUGUAAUCUUGCUCCAAAAUGAAUGACCAAUGCAAAAAAUUACAAUAUUUAAGCUAUUCAUCUUUUACCCGAUCAAGUAAACCACAUAAUUUAGCUACUCAGUUUUUUUUUUCUUUCUUUAAGGUUGAAUAUUACAUUUUUAAUGCCUAGAGUCCAAGGAAGAACCUUCCUCGAAGGUCUCAAUCCCCUGAGGCACCACAACUGUAUAAGACCCAGGGAUUUUGCUGGAGCCUGUGCUGUCAACGGCACAGAGCUGCUAAGAUCGGGGCUGUACAAUUACUUCCAGCUCACAGACCAGGCAGAGCUGUCUUUCAUCUUUAAAAGCAAAUGGCCCCUGGACUUUCCCCAGUAAGAUCUAGGAGAAAUACGCUAUCUGAUAGUUUUUAAAUGUUUGCCUAUUUCUCUCUCCUCUUUAGACUUUGAUGGGAUAUGAGGAACAUGGGAUUGUGCUAAAACUGCCUGUAGAUGUUACCUAAGUCUAAUUCCACUGACCAAUGAAGAGACAGAACCAGAGCAUGAUUACCGAGUUCAUCCUUACAGGCUUCUCAAACCUGGGGGAUCUGCAGCUCCUUCUCUUCUUUAUCUUUCUUUUAGUCUACUUGACCACUCUGAUGGCCAACGCCACCAUCAUGACAGUCAUUCGCCUGGACAGGGCUUUGCACACUCCUAUGUACUUCUUCCUCUUUGUCCUUUCAUGCUCUGAAACGUGCUACACUUUGGUCAUUGUACCCAAAAUGCUAACCAACCUGCUAUCCGCAAUUCCAACUAUUUCUUUCUCUGGGUGUGCAGUCCAGCUCUAUUUCUUUGUGGGCUUGGCUUGUACCAACUGUUUUCUCAUUGCUGUGAUGGGCUAUGAUCGCUAUGUUGCCAUCUGCAACCCUCUUAACUACACACUCAUUGUCAGCCGAGCCACCUGCAUGCAGUUGAUUCUAGCCUCCAGCUUUUGUGGCUUCCUGAUCUCUGUGAUUGUCAAUAUCCUGGUGUUCAGUGUGCCCUUCUGUGCCUCCAAUAGGAUCAAUCACUUUUUCUGUGACAUUUCCCCUGUCAUAAAACUGGGCUGCACAGAUACCAACCUGAAGGAGAUGGUCAUCUUUUUCCUCAGCAUUCUGGUAUUGCUGGUUCCCCUUGUGUUGAUAUUCAUCUCCUAUGUCUUCAUAGUUUCCACCAUCCUCAAGAUCUCCUCGGUGGAAGGGCAGCGUAAAGCCUUCGCCACCUGUGCUUCGCACCUCACAGUGGUCAUUGUCCACUAUGGCUGUGCUUCCUUUAUCUAUUUGAGGCCCACAUCCCUGUACUCUUCAGAUAAGGACCGGCUUGUGGCAGUGACUUAUACUGUGAUUACCCCACUACUCAACCCUCUUGUCUACACACUGAGAAAUAAAGAAGUAAAGAUGGCUCUGAGAAAGGUUCUGAGUAGAUACUCAUAUUCCAAAACUGUAUGAGUGGGCAGAUAUGGCAGUAAAUUAUAUUCAUGAAAGUUUCCUAGCUAGAACUUCAGUUCUAUAAACAUAUUUGUCCUUU